AUGUAUUGUUUUCUCAUCAGGUAGAAAAAAUGAGUGGACGGGACCUUCGAGCAUUCAUUACAACUCACAGGACUAGUGAUAUAGAUAAUCUGGUGGUUCGUGUGAAAAAUGGUCUUUGCAGCCAGAAGUAUAAACCUGUUGACUAUAAACAACUGUAUGCACUUACUGAAGGAAAAAAAAUAGCAUCAUUUAAUAUAAAAUUAAAGAUCAGAAAAACAGAACAAGCUUCCAAAAUUAACAAAGAACAAAUACUGCUGAAACAGCAUCACCAGGUGUGGUGGCAAGAACAUAAAAGACAGAGUGAGAACCGACACAAAGUAGAAGCAGAAAUACAAACUUUCCUUGAUGAAAGGUGCCUUGAAACUGAAUUUCUUUUGGAUGUGUGGGACUUGGCACAUAAUUUAUCAAAGGAAAGGGAGACAUAUCAAAGAAAUACAGUAGAUCCUGUCUGGCAACUGAGAGAAGAUUUGAAAUUCAGGCUGUCUGAAAUGCAAUGCUGUCUCUCACAGCAGUCGUCUUUGGGACUUCAGUUCAAUCCAGUCAAGGUGUUAGAGCAGGUAGCCUUUGUGAAAGAACAACAGAAAACUAUUUUGGAUCAACUUAACCUUGAAAGACUGGCUUUGGAGAGAGAGCUUGAAGAAUAUAAAGCCAAAGUGUUGGUAUACUCUUCAGAAGAGGAAGCUAUCCUUUUUCACGAAGUUCCUACAGAAUUAUUGGCUUUGGAGUGCCCAUACCCCGAUUUGAAGACUUCAGUUCUUAGGGAAUUCCAUAAACUUGCAGGUGAAUAUUGGUCUAAGCUUCAGGAGAUUGACCACCAGUUGAAAGUCGUAUUCAGGAACUUUGGAUGGAGUGAAGAUGAUCUCUGGGUUUUUCAGACUGUUAUAAGUCAGUAUCCAAGUGACCUUCAGAGAAGAAGAACUCUCUACUUGGAUAUGCUACAGAGGUAUCUACCUGACAAGUCUAGGCAUGAGCUGGUUGUUCACGAAAAAGCUUUGGACCAGUAUCAUUUCACUAGGAAUCAACAUAGAGCUUUGAUGUUAAACUGGGCUCAGGCUAGAGAAGCCUUUUUACUGAAGGCCGUAAUGACUAUUGCUGAAGCCUGUGCUGCUCAUGAGGCAGAAAUGAUGUUGGCUAAUAAUAGACGAAAGCAACAGGAAAUCUGUGCUGAUCUGAAAGGAAAGGUUUUGCAGUGGAGAGCACAACAAGAGGAGGCUGCCAGAUUGGAAGUUGCUAUAGCUGCCAGAAGAAAAGAAAAGGAAGAUGAAAAAGAAAGGCUACAGAAACAAAAGGAAAUGAUUUGGAGAGCAGAGGAGAAAGAAAAAGUGAGAAAGUAUUGGGCUGAGAAACAACAAAAAUGGCAAGAACUAGAAGAGAAGGAUCUUCUAUGCCUGGCAGAACUAAAGAAAUUAAUGGCUGAACAAGCAUUUAAAGACAGAGAAAGGGUAAAGUUUAGACAAGAACUGUUGGAAAAACGCUUGAUGGAGAAAAAGGAACUGGCCCUCCAAGAAGCACAUGAGGAAGAAGAACGGCAAAGACGUCUUGAAGCCCUCCGACAACAGGUUGCAAUUGUUGCAGAAUUUGAUCCAGCUAGAAUGAUGGCUGACACAGUGGCAUCUAAAGCUAGAAUGGGCAUUGGAACUGAAGAAGAAUUUAUUCUUCAAAGGCCGCUGUUUAAGUUGCAGACAUACAGUGAACAACAGAUCAUUUCUGACCCUAGAGUUCGUAUUGAGCUAGCUCUUCGAGAAGCUGAACUUCAUAACACGCUUUAUGCGAAAGAGAUUUUGCCAAAAAUUCCUCCAUUGAAGCUUCCAAGAAGGGAUAUGGAAUCUACAGUCUUCAAAAUUUAAAAUACAGCACAUACCAACGAUUUGUGUUUAAUGUAGUCUAUAAUAUGAAAACUUUUAAUAAACUUCUUACAUCUAGGAUACUUCAUAGAACUAUUUACUCCUUAGUUUGUGCAGUCAUUUAAAAAAAAAGCCAGUCUGCAUUUGCUUUGCAGUGCUCAGUAGACCAUUUAACACUCCCCCACAGUGAUGAAUAAAGCUUCAUAAUGUCA